AGCCAGUGCCGCCGUAGCGACGUUGCGAGUCGGACGCACGGCUACGAGCUACGAGACUGUCUCGCGCGGCUCGAGCCAGCUGAGAUCUCGAGCCUUCAAAUAAAAUAUUUAAAAAACAAACGUGCACAGUGUACUCUUGUGUGUGUUGUGAAACGUGACUUUGGGCAUACUUUUAUUUAUUAUGCCGUGAUUGUUUUUCUAAGCACAGAUGUAGUUCUUAGAAAAACAACCAAUGAAUCUUUAAAACAAGUGCCCAAAAAUGACAAAAAUACAUAAAACAGUGCGAACUUAAGAAUCUCAAGAUUGAACUAGAAUUAAAUAAUGACGUUGAGGUGAUAAGUGCUCUUCAAAAUGGCUAUGGUGAUAUCUCAAGCGACGAAAGCAGCGAUUGGGGGGUUUUUGGCGCUAAUGGUGUUGGGCGCUGUGCUAGUGGUGGGGGCUGCGUUUGGCUGGUUCGACCCUAGGAGAGAAGAUGAGGAUUCUCCGGCGAAGAUCAGUGCGAGACUGCAGGGCAGAACAUCUUUUGUCACGCAUCGUGCUGUAAACCCAGAUGAAAACCGAUUACCGGUCGUAUCCCAUUCAUCUCCAUAUUUCACGGAAACCGGGGAGAAAGGGGCGCUUAUCCCCUUGUCCGGCCAAUGCAAGUGCACAGUUAACGACUUGUCACGGCUACUGUCGACGGUGCCCGGCCUUAAGGGCGCCCCGGGCCCCCAAGGGCCAACAGGCGCGGAUGGCACCACUGGCGCACCGGGUAAAACGGGACAAAUGGGUGAUCCAGGUCCUCCGGGCGCAAUAGGGCCAAAAGGUGACAGAGGAGAGAGAGGAGACAUUGGCCUUUCUGGACCAGAAGGUCAGUCUGGGCCAAAAGGCGAGCCAGGAGUUGAUGGAACCCCCGGUCCACAAGGACCCCCUGGACCUCCUGGACCAACAAUCAUGGAAUCAACCGGAUUAACCGUAAAUGGUCUACAAACCGAGAGAGGGCCAAUGGGACCCCCAGGCCCGCAAGGCGACAGGGGUUAUCCUGGUAACAAGGGGGAGAGAGGAUUACAUGGGUCCAAGGGCGACAAAGGAGAGCGGGGUUAUGUGGGGCUGAGGGGCCCUCAUGGAGCCAAAGGCGAGCGUGGACAGCCCGGCCGCGAUGGCACGCCCGGUCUACCUGGCCCUCACGGCCGGCCAGCAGAAAAGGGCGAGAAAGGUGCUCAAGGAACUCCAGGUCCGCCCGGGCCCCCUGGACCUGGCAUUAGCGACAAUUUAAUAGCAACGGGUACUGCAAGCAGUAGCCCCCGAGAAGUAGCAGCGCUCGUGAAGGCGGUAAAGGGGGAGAGAGGAGAAAAGGGUGAGAAAGGCACAAGAGGCAUGGAAGGGCCACAAGGCUUCCCUGGAAAUGACGGAAAGCCGGGAGAACGUGGCGACAUUGGACCAUCUGGUCUGCCUGGGACGCAAGGCCCUCCUGGCCUCACAGGGCCAAAAGGGGACAGAGGUGAAGCUGGGCCACCAGGCCCAGUAGCUCUUUCGAAGGAAGAAGCUUCAGUGUGGACAAAGGGCGAGAAAGGCGAAACAGGGCCACGAGGCAAGCGAGGACACCCGGGGCCUCCAGGCCCUAGGGGCCCACCGGGAGCCCCUGGGCCCCCAGGCUCUCCCGGCACAGAUGGCACCUCAGGCGACAUCGGGCUGCCAGGCUGGACGGGACCACCUGGCGCCACGGGCCAGCCAGGACCUCAAGGACAGAAAGGUGAAAAAGGCGACCCUGGCCUCAGCCCGCUCGACCUUGACAAGAUAAAAGGUGAAAAAGGCGAUCGGGGCUACGACGGGGCCCCUGGCACGCCGGGCAAGGAGGGUCCGAGAGGCCCACCGGGGCCCGCCAUCGCGCCGGUCCCUAACACCAAGUACAUGCCGGUCCCCGGCCCGCCUGGCCCGCCUGGUCCCCCGGGGCCGCCGGGAUAUGUGAACGAACUACCUGACAUGUUGACCGAUAGCCCUGGGAUUAAUCGCCGGGAACCCGGUACAGGAAAACAGCGUGAUUCUCUCCAUACACUUAGAAUAUUGAACCAAAUGGGAUUGCAGUACCGACCAGAGCCAUAUGGUCUUCGUGAUGGCUUGGACCCUCUGGGGGACAACGAGGAGUUCGAGGACGAGGAAGAUGGUCGAACUAUCGUAGGAACUAUCAUAUUUAAGACAACGGAAUCUCUUCUGAGACUAGGCAGAAACAGCCAACUGGGCACACUGGCUUACGUCAUUCAGGAGCAGGCGCUGCUUGUCCGAGUCAACAAUGGAUGGCAAUAUGUAGCGAUGGGUUCACUGCUUGCGAUACAAGCCCCAAUGACGAAUGGACCAACCAGAGUGCCAUUACAGAAUGUUCUAGAAACAUCUAGCUUAGUACACCAUAAGAACCCAGCGGGCGAAGGACCAGUUUUGCGACUGGCAGCGCUGAACGAACCUCACACGGGCGACAUGCACGGCGUUCGGGGCACCAACUACGAGUGUCUCCGACAGGGCCAGAGGGCCGGGCUCGGCGGCACUUUCACAGCAUUCAUAUCUUCCAGGGUUCAAACCAUGGAUUCGAUCGUGAGCUGGGUGGACCGUGGGAUCCCAGUGGUGAAUACCCGCGGCGACGUGCUCUUCAACUCCUGGGGAGAGAUGUUCGAUGGCUCUGGUGCUUUGUUUGCCCACGCACCUAAGAUCUACAGCUUCAGUGGAAAAAACGUGCUAAUGGACUCUGGCUGGCCAACCAAAGCUGUGUGGCACGGCGCGAGUCCCAACGGCGAGCCCGCAAUGGACGCGUACUGCGACGCCUGGCACAGCGGCAGUCCGGAUAAGUUCGGAUUGGCCUCGUCUCUGCGCUCCAACAAAUUGCUGGACCAGGAAACUUAUUCUUGCAGUUCCAAAUUAAUCGUGCUGUGUGUCGAAGCAACCCCUGUGGACACGGUGAGAAGAAAAAAACGAUCCAAGUACCGAACAGCGGAUAAGCUACGAUUCCUAAAAGAUCUUAAUGAUCAACGAAAUGAUACAAGAGCGACAUUAUAGAUACCAGACUCCUAGUUUCAUAUAGAACGUAAGAACAAUUGUGAAGACUGUACAUAUUUAUAAUGUAAUUAAUGCCAGAGACGUUUCUUGAAGCAAUCCUUGUGGAGCAUAUCGACAAUAUACAAAUAUCGAGUAAUAACAAAUAAAAACAACGUCAUUUUGCUUUUAAUAUGGCCGUUUUACCAAUGCAGCGUUUUUUUAAUAAUAAGUAAAAGCCUAUCAUCUUUUUUUCAUGAAAGGCAAAGGGCACUCUUAUCGAGGGAGUUUUAUAUUUUACUGUAGAAAUGUUAUCAGUGCCGAUUUUAAUGAGUUUUCUAUAAGUGUUUUUACUUUAACAAGAAAUACUAAAUUGCGUUAAAGCCGAAUAAUAGACACUAGGUACAAAAUGUAACACAUUAUUAUUAAUAAAAUAAUGUUUCAAUGUAUUUAAAUCAAUUUUAUGUGAAAAUUUUUGAACGCCUUCCAAUGAUUUUGUAGAUAAUAGUUUACUUUUUACGAUACAAAUAUGGUACGUAAGUGUUGCAUAAUGUGUAACUAACAACAUUUAGCCGAGUUAUUUUGUCGCCCUUUUUAUUGUUUUCUACCUACUUGCUCAGACUUUUUGGUCGAAAAUAGCCGAUAUUACUUCCUAGAUACUAUUAUAUUUUUAUGAUUAAUUAGGCCAUGUUAUAAACCAAGAAAUUUUAAAUUUUUCCUCAAUCACUUAUUAUAUUUACCAGUUGCUUAACAUUUUUUUUAAAAUAUAUUUAUAAUAAUAAAUAGCUGGCGCGGAAUUUCAUAUUUAAUUACUUACCGGUUACUGCAUAGCCCUCCACGGUACCGGUAAUGAGGCUCGGCCCGUGGCUUUGUGGCGGGCUGUGGCUAUUAUUGGUACUAUAGCUACUCUAAGGCCUACUAGGUUUAAAGGAAAUCAUACUUUCUUGCACUAGUUAGAGCUUAAACAUCCAUAUAUGACAAUCCAUAUCAAAAGGAACCUUAUGGCGGUCAGCGCUUACGUCACGUAGUACCGCAUUAGUAUUGGCGCGCCGCUAAUAAUGGCGUAAGCGCCGACCGCCAUAAGGUCCCUUUUGAUUUGGAUUAUCUCAUAUGAAACCUUCACUUAUCCAUAAAGACAACCAUAGGCAGUGAAAAAUAUAUUGAUGUGUCAGCAAUUUUAAAUUUAAGUAGAAUUGUAAAUAUAGGUUUCUUUUAAAAUAAAUGUUUCGCAAAUCAGGAAUUCAACAUGUAUUUAAAGUUGUAAAUAUUGUGUGUAAAAUAAUGUCAUUUAUUUAACAAUAAGUAGGUAAGUCUUACAGAAAUUUCUAAGUUAAUCUGACAAUCGUUAUUAAAUGUUCUCGAAAUAAAGUUAAAGUACAUGAAAGAAACUUAAAAACAAUUUAAAAGCAUAAAGGAGUUUAACUGAUUUAUUUUAUAAACAAGAAUUUCAACAUAGUCGAAGUAAUUUAAGUAACGGUUUCUAUCCGAGUGCUUCUAAUUUAGUUUAUUUUUAAUAUAACAACUGUGAUAAUGUUUUAUAAGAAUUUUCAACGCAUGGCCGGUUUAUCUGAAUUACUUAUAUAAUAGAUUUCAUAAAAAAUAGUUAAACAAAUUAUAUCAUUCAAUUGAAAAUAACAGUAGACUUAGGAUGAUACAAUUUGUGCAGGUAUUUUCAAAGAUAUUAUCAGGUAAUUCACAUUUUACGUUUUGUCCCUAUUUACCUCAGCUGUUCCUAUUCACACCGGUUGACGUUUAUGUACAGACAAAAACUUUAUGUAACUGUAUUUUUUUUUAUCUUAGAAACUCAUUUGAUCAAUAUUCUUGGUUAGUUUCAUUAUUGUUUUUUAUCUGUACAAUGAAAUGUUGUUCUUAAGUAGGUACAAUAUAUGCAUAGGCUUUGAAAUUUGUAUAUUAUUUUGUUGAUGAUUUAAUAUUUCCGAAUAGUCAACUGAUACUUUUGAUACUAGACCGUACAUUAACGGUUUCUGACAUAUCCUUGUUCUGGCUGUAGUAGAUUAUUUAAUAGUAUAGUAAUAAAAAAAAAACUGAAUUAUCUGUGAAACCCUAUAUGUCAAAAUUGAUUAAUGUUUUAGCUCCAUCUAAAGUGUUGUCAUACCUGCGAUUGCCGAAAUAAUUGUAAACAUACUAGUGUAAAAUAUUUAUAUUUUUUCUUUCAUUAAAAUAACCAUUUUAUCGAAAAUAAGUUUCGACUAAGAUAUUUAUACGUUACGCCCUAUAGUAGAAUCAAUUAUGUAAAAAAUACCUUGUAAUUUUUUUAAUUGUUAAAAAAUGUGACGCUAGGUGAAUUUUAUUGUACUUCAUGAGUACAGGUUGUUUUGAGAAUAAAAUGAUUUUUUAA